AUACGUCAAAUUCAACAAAACCAAGUCUGGAUGAUGAUGCAAAAUCUACACAUUCAACACCUCCUAAGAAAGGUGAGUAGCUGCAGGGCCUUUUUUAACAUACAAGGGGGGGGGGGGGAAUGCCCCCCCCAAGUCCCCCCUUCUCACGAAAUCAUAUUUUGCCCCCCCCCCCAGGAAAAGUCCCUUUUCCCUAAAUUUAUACAGACAAACCAGCGAAGAAUAACAAAUACAUAAGCGGAAAGUAAGUUUUAGGCUUUAUCCUUAGUCUUUGUUUAACAAAAUCGAUUUAAAUUGUACGUUUUUCUACCACUAAGUAAUGAUAAAUUAUUGUAACUAAUAAUUAUUAUAUUUUUGGUGCGUUUCUUCCUUCUUUUAUUUCAAAUACAAGUAUAGUAGCAUAGAUUUUAGAGCAAAUCAGGAAUUUUCAGAAUGCAGGAAAUAGCAUUUCCGGGUUUCAAAUUUCAAACAUUUUCUGGGGAGUAUGCCCCACACAACGUGGCCUUUGGCCAUUGCUAUCCCCCUCUAAUAAGUAAUGAUAAAUUACAGUUAAUAUUUUUUUACUUUUUGUGCGUUUUUUCCUUCUUUUAUUUCAAAUACAAGUACAGUUAGCAUAAAUUUUGGAGCAAUUUUGGAUGCUCAGAAUGCAGGAAAUGGCAUUUCCGGGUUUCAAAUUUCAAAAAUUUUCUCAUACUCCCCCAGACCACCCCCCUAUAAAUGCGUGGUAUCACUGGUAUGUUGGCCACACACAUGGCCUUCAGCCAUUGCCUAUCCCCCUCUAAUAUAUAAGCUCACAUAAAGGUUCCUUUUCAAAAAAUCCCCCCCCCCCUCCCAGGAAAAUCCUUAAAAAAGGCCCUGAGUAGCUGUUCAUUAUAUACAAGAACAGAACGGAGUGUGCAUAUCACUAUAAGUUCGGCCACCACUGUCCCACCAGAGACUGAAGUGACAUCAAUCUUAUGACGUGCCAUUUUGGGGAAAAAAUCAGGUGCAUUGACAGGGCAAAAUUGAAACGAAGUAUAGUUAAAUAUUUGCCAUAUCGCUCCAUGUUGGACUGUUGGUUUAACUGAAAUUAUUGAUUAAGUCAUUAUCAUUAUUAAAACAGGACUCUAUUAAUUUUCUUACUUUGGUGUAGGCCCUCCUUCAGCAAUGGGGCCAUGUUAGGGGACUCUUACAAAUAUAUGUAGCACAGACUGUUAUAGGGGCCGUUGAUCAAAAGAAUUUGGCCUGCUUUUUUUCACCAUUAAAUUAAGAAUUUUCAAGCUCCGGGAUGUAAGAUGGCAAUUUUAAUUUAAUUUAAUUUAUAUAACAAUUUUAAUAACAAUUAUAAUUUAAUUCAAUAUCUUUAAUUCACGCAGGCACAACUUGGAUAAAACACUAUUACAUUCGUGUUUUUAUAAUAAAUCUUUCGAGCGAAGAAGCACUACUGUUCACGAAUUUUACUGGAGUGAAAAUAACCACUCGUCUUUUGACUUACAAGACUUACAUCUUUAAUAAAACAUUGUCUCAUCCUGCGAUUUACUGUAUAUGGGCGACAGAUAGCAAUAGUAAGAAAUUGUUGGUCUCGGGUAAAGUGCAAAGUUUGUACAUCAGAACGUCUGCAACAAAAAGUGUAUCACAUUUAUUUAUCAUCACACAACGUAAGUAUCGUAUUAAAAUAGUGUUCCAAUAAAAUAGUAUCAAAAGUUUUUAUUUUUUAUUUAUUUGAUUUUGCCCAAUAAUAAAUUGCUUCGUGUAACAAGUUGCGGAGAUGUACAAUCCUUAGUGCGUUAACAGGCCGAAACGAGAACUAUAUAGAGCUGUUUCGAGUUUGGAACUUAAGUGACGUAAUCAUGGUAACCUCUAAAACGAACACCUAUCUGAUAUUGCCCCUUCUGCUGCUGUAGAGAGAACUGUAAUUGUAUCAUCAUUUUUUAGUUCCAAAGACUACGGUACAAACUGAAACAAUUACCGCAACCACCACAACUACAGGUUUGUAUAACGUUUUGAAAUGAUCAAUUUGAUUUCAUUUUCAAUCAACCAAUCCAGACUGCUAUAAUAUACCCUUUUUCACCCUUGGAGCAUCGUAGUCAGGAAUCAAGACGAAAAGAAAUUUCUCGCGAUUCAUGAGAAUGAUGAGAGAUUUGUGACGUAACUAUUUCGAAAGGGCAUGUAUUCAUCAUCGUCGUCAAUUUCGCAUGUCCAGACAACCAGAGCCAAUGAUUUCCUUUGGGUCCGAGAUUUGUAUUAUCCGUAUCAUCAUUGUGAGACUGUAAGGCUAUUAUUUAGAAUGCCUGACAAUUCAGGUGUAGGUUCAAUCACUUAGAUUUUUCUUUUCUAUUGUUGUGUUAUGGCAUGACAUGCACACCAACUCAUGCAGUAUUGACUCUUGUCUCUUCCAAGAUACUGUACUUGAUUUUUACUGUAGCUUUUUUCUGCUUUCACCUGAGUGCAUCCACAUUUAGGGCCAAGGGAAACGUUUUAUUUGGUCCACAAAAUGUGGCAAACUGGAACAUCAGGAAACAUGCGACUGCAUGUAUAUUAUUAUACCACAGUGUAUACGGUAUAUUUACUUUGUUAUUGUUAUAAUACUGUAGUUUGACAUAAUACUAAUUCUGAGUACUUAUUUAUUUUAAAAUCUCACUUGUUAUAAUAUUAAUCAUUUGAUAUUAGUAAUGAUUAAUAUAAUUAUUAUAACAUUAUAGUGAUCGGGUUUCGCAUGCAUGCAUGUAUACUACUGAAGACAAUUUUGGUAAAAAAGUCACUCCUAUAAGAUUCAUCGUAUAGCAUUUUAACUUCAGUUCUUUCUAGAGCAUCUUCAUCGUUUUUCUUCACUGCCCAAGUUCCUUUCCCUAUAUACAUCAUCAUUCAUCACUGAUCUAUCACUGUUUUAUACAUUUUUAACUGAGCUUUCUGUUACACGUUCAGUGCAUUGCCUCGCGCCAUAAUUAAGUUUCAAAUUUGCAUGCGCGGGAGAGAAGAGUAAUUUAUUGUUUUACUCUGACUGUCGUGCUCAUCUACAUGCAUAAACUACACACGCAGAUGAUUUUUUUUAGUUCGAUCAACUACAGAGACUUCAACAGAAUUCGCUACGAUGAAAAACGAAACUUCAGGUACGUAACACAAUAACGAUAUUCAAACAUUGGAAAGAAUUGAACAAUCACGGCACCUCUUGCAUGGCAAAUUACUAUGACACGGCGCUUAACACUACGGAUAAUGCAAGUUUCAAUUUUCUAUUUGCUAUAGUAAAACAAAAUUUUGCCUGGAACCUUUUCAGCAAUGCUUGUAGUUAAUUUAGAGAAAGUAAUAAAAGAUUGAAACAAAGAAUUUAAAUUCAACUGAAGAAUCCAACUCAUUCAUCACGAGAACCGCUCUCUUUUGCCCUCCAUAAUUCUGCAAAAUUUUGGCGAACGUUUGUGCUCGGCUUCAUUUUUAAGUUUAAUAUGUAAUUUUGAUUGCCUUUAAAUAAAUAACCCUUUUUCUUCAGAACAUAGCAGUGAAGCAGGUUAUAGUACCACCUCAAUCAAACCUCCAAACGCGUAUAAACAUGAUGAACAUGAACACAAACUGACGUUUUAUAUCUCUGUUGGUUUUGGGUCAGCUUUCGGAGUGCUGCUCUUCUCCCUGAUUAUUCUUCUGGCCAGACGGUGAGUAUAAAAUUAUUGUGCCAAAGCUUAAAAUCGUCAACUCAAUGCACAAAGUAUGAAUUAAGUUAAUUAAAGAUGAUGUAUAUAAAACUUUUGUUAUAAAAUUACAAUAGUCCUUUAAUUCCUUUUAAGGCUCAUUUAUAUACUUGCCAGUCUAGUGCUAUAUUCUUGUUCUAUAAUGGAUGUCAACGAGUAUUUAAUUUAUGAAUGUUCUUAAAUGGGGGGAGGGGCCUUAACUUCUUAUGUAUGUACCCUCAUCUGAACAUUUUACCAUUCAUACUAUAACGUCUUCACCUUCGGCUUCACGUUCCCUUUGUUAAAUAAACAGAUCUAUACGUAAGAAAAAAGAGGGCAAGAAAAGAGCGGUUUACUGGGCUAAAAUAAACAGAACUUGUCAGAGGUAAGAAGUCAAGUCGAUAGCAUAGAAUGAUAAAUUAUGAUUUACUGCUAUACUAAUUUGGUGAAAGAACUCCAUAUAGUAUAUGCGCUGUCAUUUCAUGCAACAUGCAUGUUUAGUUUUAUAUGCAAGUAAAAAGAUUUACCUUUCUACGUCUAGUCAAUACAUACCUAACGAAGAGGUCUCCACAAAUAAUCCUAUGUACGAGGGGUAAGUAAAAGAUAUAUGAGAAAUGAGAAGGGAGCUAGGAGGUGAUAAAUUAUACCGUCAUGAGCUGAUAAAAAUAUUCAUUGCGGUUAUGCUCGAAAACUAACUUCAAUGUUUGACAUGCAGGUUUCAAUCUCAUUCAAAUCACGAAAUCUUCGAUUUAGUGUCGGCCGCUGGGUAAACACCCCUUAAUUUAGAAUCACCAAAAACAUUCCACUCAAGGUUGCUAAUAGCUUAUAAUUAAUUUUUACAACAGAUGGAACAGCGAAAUACAUGUAAUUCGUUCCGGUUGUGUUUCAUCUGAUCUGCAUGCCAAGUAUUUUUUAUAACUAUAGCCUCGCGUCGAUUGGGUGCAGGGCCGUACGCAGGAUUUUUCAUCGGGGGGGGGGGGGGGGCAGUAAGGCCUAUAUGCCGAAAAAAGUCCCGAAUAUCCAAAGAAUAAUUAGCAAUAAAUAUAUCGUAAAUAUAGUAAGGUUUUCUCUACGGGGGCAGUUGUCCCCCCCCCUCCCGCUGUGUACCGCCCUGAUUGGGUGAGCCAGUUGGAACCUAACAUACUCGUUAUAUACAAAGUUUGAAGUUUAAAGAACACAGACAUACAAUUUAUCUGCGAUCGUCAUGCUCAUCCUUAAGAUAUGGAUGCAUACAACCGAAACUACUAAUUUAAUUAUACCAAUUACUAUAUAACUUGGCGAUUAUGUUUCUAUAGAUCCCGCUCGAGAACAACGAGCAAUGUUCUGUAUGGUGUCCCUGAACAAGCAGAAGAUAUCAGAUCUGAAUUUCCUCGUAAAAAUGACUACAUUGUAACUCCUCUGCAACAAUCACCAAAACCAGAUCUUGUGGUUAGCAAUGCCUGCGCUCUAUAUCAAAAUGCUGAUGAGCUCUACAGUGAACCAAAGAAAGUGCCUGGAAGUGUCGGAAAUGGCAACUAUGAACGUAUAACAAGCUGUAUUCUGAAGAAAAAUAGUGAAGCAAGAGAGAGUACAGGAUCUUACGCUGAACCAUGCGUUAUCUUCAAUGGAAUUUUUAUUUCAGAGAAUACUGGCUAUGUUUCUGUUGAACACAAGAGCAACUGA